GCCGGUUGCUUGCUUUGGUAUACACGCAUUCCGCUCACCGCGAAUACUUUUAACAAAUAAUUUUGUGUUACUCGAUAUAAAUAAAGAAACAAUAACAAAAAUGUGUGAGUGUACAAAACAAAACAACAGUUAAAUAAAUUUGGCUCGCAAACUCUAAAACUACUUGUAAAUAUUUUUGUGUGCUUUUAUAGUUGGAUAUCAUGAUAACAACCAUGACGUCAUUCAUAUUAUUGAAGACGAACUCUUUCCUCUUGAGGAUGAACAGAGAGGAUAACGUCGACUGGUUCCAUGGGAAAAUAUCACGAGAAUCUGCCGAGAAGCUGUUAAAAGAAGAGGGCGAAGAUGGUGUUUUCUUGGUACGUGAAAGCAACACUUCACCAGGAGACUAUGUUUUAUCAGUUUUGCACCAAGGUGAAGUAGUGCAUUACCAAAUUCGGAGGCAUGGUGAGGAUGCCUUCUUUUCCAUUGAAGAACACACAACAGUGCAUGGGUUGGAUACCCUCAUACAGCACUACCGCGGAGACUCUAAUGGUCUCGUCACACGGCUGUCUGUUGUGUGUAAGGGGCAGCCUCCACCUCACGAGUCACGCACCCAGGGGACCACCAAUCUUUUACACAGAGCGACGGAGGCCGGUGACUACAACAUAGUAUCUCAAAUGCUAGCAGUCGGAUACCACAGCCGCGACGCCAAGAACCAAGAUGGACAGACGGCGGUGCAUAUCGCUGCUAAAGCCGGACGCGACAAAAUACUCGAGAAACUCAUUGAAAGCGGAGCCACUGUCAAUGUGCGGGACUCGUUCGGAUACACCCCGUUACAUUACACCUGCCAGAACAACCUGCCCAGCACCGCCGAGCUGCUGAUAACGAAGGGUAACGCCAACUACCAGAUGCGGCACGCGCCCACGGGCAAAGUGCCGCUCCACGACGCCGCGCAGAGAGGACACAUUGACUGUAUUAAGGUCCUUCUAAAAUUGAAAGCACCCGCGAACCCGAGGACGUUGCAGCAAGAAACCCCGGCUGAUUUGGCGAAGCAUCAUGGUCAUACGGAAUGCUAUCAGCUAUUAAAAAACUACAAACCCGAGCCACCGCAAACCUCCAAAAGUCAAUGGUACCACGGCACGUUGAGCCGGGACGAAGCCGUACAAACUUUAGAACAGUACUGCAAGCAGAACAACUUAGUAGACAAGGCGACGGACGGCGUGUUUCUAGUGCGGUACAGCGAGCGGCACAGCAGCGCCACCUGCGUGCUCACUAUGCUGAGCGAAAACACGCCCUACCACUUUAUCAUAAGGAAAGAGGCGGCAGGCUGGGUGUUCAUCGACGACGGGCCGUACCUGGAGAGCGUGGAGCGGCUGGUGGAGCACUACGGCGCCGUGCCCGACGGGCUGCCCGCGCGCCUGCGCGUGCCCGUGCCGCCCAAGCCCAAGCCGCCCUUGCCCGAGUUCUCAACAAUGCCACGGACCAAGAAACCAUCACCGAGUCGAGCAGCCAUGAACCAGACGUUAUCCCUAGUCAAAAACGACAUCUUAAACAAGCAGAUCUCGGAGCCCAGCUCGCCGCCCAACGCCUUCGAACUGCUCACCAGGAACCUGUCCUUUUCAUCCGACUUUAACAACGACAGCCUCAACAACAACGAGUCGCUGGAUGACAACGACACGUAUAAAGUGCCCGUUAACAACAGCGCCGUUGUUGUUGGGGAGAAUUAUAAUGAAAUAUCUAUUAAUUCUGAUGGCCAGCUUUCCACACUGCAAGAUUUCAUCCCGAUGAGCGAGCUAACGCUAGGAGCGACAUUGGGCGAAGGCGAGUUCGGGUCCGUGCUGCGGGCCAGCCUCGCCGCCGCGCCCGGCCGCCCCGCCAUGCCCGUCGCCGUCAAGACGUUACACGUACAACACACGGAUUCUAAUCAACAUGACUUCCUGGCGGAAGCGAAGACGAUGAUGACCCUCCGGCAUAGGUGCAUUGUUCGACUCAUUGGUGUGUCAUUGGGUCCUCCACUAGCCAUGAUCCAGGAGCUGGUGCCGCUAGGGUCGCUGCUGGAGUACCUGCUGCGGUCGCCGGAGCAGGCCUCGGCCGGCUACGAGCUGCGGCUGUGGGCGUGCCAGGUGGCGGCCGGCAUGCGCUACCUGGAGCGGCGCCGCUUCGUGCACCGCGACCUCGCCGCCCGGAACAUACUGCUGGCCAGCAGACAUCAAGCAAAAAUAAGCGACUUCGGUCUAUCACGGGCGCUGUCUAUGGACAGCUCGUACUACAAGGCGAGCCAGGGCGGGAAGUGGCCCAUCAAGUGGUACGCGCCCGAGUCCUACAACUACGGUACCUUCAGCAGCGCCAGCGACGUCUGGAGCUACGGCGUCACGCUGUGGGAGAUGUUCUCUUAUGGCAAACAGCCAUACGGGGAGAUGAGGGGCACCGAGGCAAUACAAAUAGUAGAAAGCGGCGGCCGUCUAGAACGACCCGAGGAAUGCCCGGACGAGAUCUACCAAGUCAUGCUAGACUGCUGGGAAUACAACCCCGACCGACGACCGACCUUCGGCCUGCUCGUCGACGUGUUCUCACAGCACCCCGACUACGUCAACAUCAGCCAGCUAGCCCUCGACAACGACGAGGUAAACGUCUAACAUUUACUUCAAUAUUUGCCUAACACAGCGCUGCGUCUCUUUUGUUCCUUAUGUCGAUAAAAAGAGAUACAACGAGAAUGUUUGGCAAAUAUUUCUGGAUACUGUUAUAGAUUUGGCCCCUAAGGGCACGUACGAUAGAUGUCAGAGUGGAAAGUGACAAAAAUGAGGACGUAAAAAUAACAACCAGGUUACGUGAGAUAGGACUUGAAAUUGAUAGCGGAAAAAUGUCUUAACUAUCGGGACUAACCGCAACUUCAUUUGCUAUUUUCUCAAGCAUAUUCAAUAGAAAAUUUGGAUUAUGUUUGUCAUGUAAAAUAUAGCCAAGUAGAGUUGUAACUGAAAUUUCGCUUUGUUACCUUGCCUGAAUAGACGCCCAUCGGUAUCUGACGAUGUAUUAUAAUUUAUAGUUUGCUAGCUGUGUAAAUUUGAUGAUAUGAACGUUUUGAGUGUAUGGUAUACAAUAUGGGUAGAGGAAUAAUGUUUCUCAGUAUGAAAUUAUGGUGGCCUUAGCUUUCAUAAACGUCUAUGUAGUGAUCAAAUUGAUUAUAACGUAAUAUAGCUAAAAUGUUCUUAUGGUUCUAAACAUUAACAUAUCAAAUAAGUAGGUAUUUGAUAAAUUAUGUAAUUAGUAGGACCAACAUCAAAGUUAGAUAUAAGUCAGUCGAAUACAAAUAGAUACGAGUAAAAUAAUUUUGACUUCAUUAUUAUGAUAUUCAAAUGGAUAUACAACGACUAGUAUAAUAGAUAUUAGGUAUUUCGAUGAGAAGAGAUACUGGCUUGUUGACAAAAUGGGAAUAUGCCUAAAAACCUAUGUUCUCGUUUUUAGAUCUAAAUUAGGAUUUAUUUUCUGGAUACAAUGAUGUAACAAUGAAUACACAUUUGACAAUUUAUAGUAUUUUACUAUUAUUUUGUCAAUUAUUUACGAUUAUAAUGUAUAUGUCGACCUGCAUUUUUAUAACAGUGUAUGUUCCUUUUAGAACCAAAAUAGAUUUUAUGUUGUACAGUAGUUGUAGCAAUCUUGUAACUUUUUAUUUCAACAAAUGACACCGGAUACAAAAUAUACAUUCCUUUAUGUUUAACUAAUUUAAUAUUGCCAUGGAAAUGCCAUAGUUAUUUUCGUGAUUAUCCAACAAUUUGCCAUGAGGUUGUGUUAUUUUAUGUACAAAAUUCUUAUAUGUAUAGUUACCCAAAUUAUUAUAUCAGUUUAGAUUUAAAGGAUUUAUGUUAAAUUCAACAAUAUUUCUAUGAGUCUGACUUAGCGAAUAUGUUUUUUAUAUUAUAACAGAUUAUAUCAAUUUUAUAUUUAAAAGAAAUGUGAUAAUGGUAUUUAUAAAACAUUAAAAUAAAUAAUAUAAAACA